AUGCAUUUCAAACUAAUAGUGUUGUUAUCAUUGGUUUCUUUUGUUAGAAAUCACGAUGUUUACAUCGGUUCUGAGGGAGGAAGAAAAAUAUUUGAAGACACAAGAUACGCGGGUCCGGCGAUAUGGAGACAGGUUGAAAAUAUUACAGUGAUCGCACCAGAAAAUGAAGUUAUAAGCAUGGUUAAUAUCACUGACUUACGGCCGGAUAAAGAUGGCGACGUGGAGAUAGUUGAUGGCGGGAAAGGUGAAAAAAGUGUUACAAUAGAAAUCAAGAGUCCCACAGUAUUGAGAGGCUAUGAAUUCCAUAUUGAAGUAUAUUCAACAUCCGCAAAAACUGAUAAUAACAACGCUCAGUCAGAUAGUAUGGAGAAUGAUUUUAAAACGACGGCAAUUCCAGAGAAUGUAUCAGGAAGUUCAGAAGUUAUACCAGCUGAGGUUGGAAAAGAUUCUGAUAUGCCUAGACCUGCGAGGGAAGCUAGUGUUGAACAAGAGGAAAGUGGAACAACAGAAGUAGUGAAUGAAAGUACAACUGAAUAUACAACAACAACAGAUUCAACAACAGAAGACAGUGAAAGUUCUGUUGAUGAAGAUUCAGUUCCAGUCGAUUUAGACUCUGAUUUACUAAGACCAGCCCGUCAUGCAUCUGAAGAAGAAAGCAUCGAAGAUAUUACAACAACCACUGAAAUGGAACAUUUCGAAUUCAAAGGCACCUUGGAAUACAUUCCGACAACUGAAGAAACAGGCAGUGAAAAUAAUCCAACGAUAAUCAGCGAGGAUGUUAUAAGACCGGCACGAAGAACAGACGAGGAAAAUGAUUCUGAUGCAACAACUGAAAUUGUCGAAGAACAAAACAUAGACACUACACCCAACAAUGGUAUUAAUAAAAAUAAUUAUACUUACAUGGAUAUACUAGAGUACAUCAAAAUGAGAGAACAAAGUGUAAGACAAAUCCGUCGCACAGACGAGGAUUCAGAAGAAAGUAAAGAAAAUUCAUCAGAGAGUUCAGCAAACGAUGAAACAGUAGAUCUAGUUCCACCAGAAGAAAACUCAAGUUACAGUGAUAACUUCUACACAGACAGCACAGAAACUACAAUUAAUUCUGAAGAAACUACACCCAUCAGCAAUCCUAGAUAUGUUAGAAGGUUAGAUUCGGACUUAAUGUUGGACACUACAACCGAAACCAAUGAGAAUACUGACGUAACCGAAGGAUCAACAAUAGCUGAUGAAGUUACAACCGAAGCUAUAGAAAAUACUAGAAACUCACGAAAUACCGAAAACUUACUAGACAGCGAAGAUCUCGAUUUAAAUAACGAAACUAGUGCGGAAAAUAAUAUGAUGUCAAACGAUAAAAUCUCGAGCGGUAUUGUGUUGUUAAAAGGAAACGAUAUAAUUGUUUCAGCAGAAGGUAAAGAAUUGAGAUUUAAUCUUCCAAUAGUGCUUAUUAUAGGCAACGAAAAUAACUUUCCUCUAUUCAAUAUGAUUGGGCCCCAAGAUACUGAGAACAGGAUUUUGAAUAAUGAUUUGGAAAAUAUGAAUGAUAAUCUGGAUGUAAAUGUUCCCGAAUAUACAUCUGUGGAUGCUGAGGCAGCCAGUGAAAUUAUUAUGAAUGACGAUUCAUAUUAA